AUGACAGACCCCGAAACACCUGCGCCCUCUAAACGCCGCCGGAUCGCGGUCGCCUGCGACGCCUGUCGAACGCGCAAAUCCCGGUGCGACGGGACUCGGCCGCGGUGCUCGCUGUGCCGGGAUCUAGGGUUCGAGUGUGUCUACUCGGCGCCCACGACUGCCACCAAUAUUAUUGUGCAGAAGGAUUAUUUGGCUGCUAUUGAGGAAAGGGUGAAGAGGCUUGAGGGGGUAGUUGAUGUGGUGAAGGGGAAUGUUGAGGGAUUGUGGGGGAGGGUUGAUGGGACGAAUGCUUUGAAUAGGGAAGAGGAUGGGGAUGGGAAGGGGAUGUGUGAAGAGCACUGCGAGGGUUUGCAGGUGCAGGGAAACGUGCCUGAUUUAAUUGGGACGGAGGACUCGGUUGAUGCUAUGGGCGCGGUUACGUUUGCUGAUGAGCGGGAUUCGGGGUUUUUUGGACCUUCGUCGAAUAUCGCAUUCUUGAGACACCUCUCCCGAGCAGUCGUUCAAAACGGUUACCUCCUCUCACCCGGCGCAGCAGAGGGAGGAUUCGUGAGUGCUUCACGGCCUCCAUCACCGCGGCGAUUGGGGGAUAAAACGUCUCACAAUAUAUUUGCAUUACCGCCUCAAAGCGAGACGCUGGCGUUGAUAGAGCGGUAUUUCUCGAAUACGGGCCUGUUAUUUCCGUAUAUAUACCCGCCCGUCUUCCUGGAGACGUAUCACCAGAUGGCCAAGGAGAAUUUUGCUAAGGUGAGGAGGACGUGGCUUGGCCUCUUGAAUAUGGUGCUCGCUAUGUCGACUAUGACUGCUGUUCCUGGUGGUGCGAAGGCUGAUGAGAGAAUUGAGGAGUCGGAGGUUUAUUUUCAGCGCGGGCUUGGGCUUUGUGGUAGGGAGAUCUUGAGGGGGACGACGUUGGAGGUUGUUCAGUUUCUGCUUUUAAUGGGACAGUAUCUGCAGGGUACGCAGAAGUCUGUGCAAGCGUGGACGGUGCAUGGGUUGGCUGUUAAAGCAGCCCUGCAGCUCGGUCUUCAUUCGACGAAUGCCUCGAGGGCAUUCUCUGCUCUUGAACAAGAAAUGAGGAAGCGUACUUGGUAUGGGUGUGUGGUGUUGGACAGAACACUGAGCAUGACAUUCGGAAGACCAGCCGCUAUACCAGAUAACUACGUCAAGCUGGAACUACCCGCAAAGCGCGACUUCGAAAAGUCAUCCGCCUUCGUGGACGACGAGACAUCACACCUCAGCGUGGCAUUUUUCAACUCGACAAUAACCCUUUACAAACAACUCUGGAAUACCAUCGACCUCCUCUACGGCCAAAACAUAGGCUGCGACUUACCCCUCCCAAUAACAGAAACAGUCUCCCACAUUUUCAGCAUGGAACAAAACCUCUUUUCCUGGGAAAGAUCACUAGACCGAAACCUCCAGCUCAUCUCCACGCCCAAAUUGGUCCAAAUGCCGCGCGAGAUAGAAUCAACGAGCUUCGCGUACUUCUCCUGGAAAUUCCGCGUUAUAUUAACACUGCGAUAUCUCAAUCUCCGGGUGUUAAUUCAUAGACCCGUGCUGGUGAAGUUCAUUGCAGCGAGCAGAUCCCCCGACCUAGAGUCACCUGACCUGAAGCUACUGCAGCAGAUGGGUAUGAAUAGUAUGCAGAUUUGUACCGAAUCUGCGAUGGAGAUUAUUGGAAUUGUGCAUCGGGUCGUUUCGGAGCCUGGCUGGAAACAGAGUCUUUUGGGGGCUUGGUGGUUUUCGCUUUACUAUAGUAUGUACCUAUGUAUCUCCACAGUGAUUGUCCAGCUAACCAUUCGACGUCGAAACAGCAUUCAAUGCCGCACUGGUAAUAAUAGCCGCCAUCUGGACCUACCGCGACGAAACCAUAAAGAAAUCCCCCCGAUCAACCAGGCAAAGAAAGCACAAACAUACCCCGGUCUCGCAGCCGAGGCCCUGGCCAGACUGGAUGAUGGGAAUAGGUUGAUUGAUCGAUGCAGGUACUACCUGGAACAAUUUAAUACUAUCCUGGUUGACCCCGAAAAUGAUGUUAAUGGCUCGGUCCCUGCUUUCUCAUCUCUCGCGGGUACGCGCGGUACGUUGCAUUCUGGGGAUUUUGGUCUUUCGCCGUUUGGGAUGGACUUGGGGGAGUUUAUGAUGGAUGAUGCCCUUUUGGCUAUGAUUGAUCGGCAGGGAGUUUUGGGAGAUGAUGGGGAGGGGUUCCAUGACUGA